UAGCUGGAGUUAUACGACCACGGACCAUUCAGAGUCCGAGUUCCGGAUGAGUACGAGGGACGAGAAGUACAAGAAGUACAAGAAGUACGGAGUACAACCAGCGAAGUACAUGCACCCAAGUAGACAUUUAAUCAAAUUGCUUGGCGAAUGGCUUGGCGGAUGGCUUAGCGCUUAGCGCUUAAAUGAUGGAAUGUUUGACUUGGCACGCUAGAACGAACUAAGUUGAUUAUAGGCGCUAGGCUGGUUAGGGACUGGCGUCGAGACAGCCGCGUGAAUAUCGAAUUGUCAAAUAUCGAGAAAGACAGCUAUAUACCCAACAGAAUAGCAUCUACUGCACCACCACACGCCUGUAUAUCAACACAUUGUUUCCUAGCAGGGCAUUGAAGGAUACAGCAGCAUACAGCAGACAGCAUAGUGCAGACAGCAUAGUGCACAAAAAGCGCACCAGUAUCCCUCACACGGCACCCCCGGGCGCGAUGCCCUCAGCGUCCAAGAUGGCGCCGAAGAUGACCAAGAACCAGAUGAGGAGGGCGAAGAAGAAGGAGCAGAAGAAGGCAGAGGACACAGCAGUCAAGGUCGAGCCAACACCAGAACCAGAGGCAUCUCCCGCGCCACCACUGAAGACGGACGAACAACCAACACCAGUCAAGGCAGACGACGAAGACAUCUCACAGAUUGAAAUCUCAGCACUCGACAUCUCCGAAGAUGACCCGAAUUAUGAGAUGUUCAAGGCCAUCAUCGACCGCUUCCAGGUGAACAAGGAGGGAGAGGACGCCGACGAGAAGGCCAAUGGAGACAAGGGCGAGAUCUACUACUCUGAUGACGAGGAGAUCCCAGACGAGGAGGAAGAGGUUGAGCCGAAGAUAUCGAAGAGGGCGCGCAAGGCGCAAAACAAGCUGUCCGUCGCAGAGCUAAAAGCGCUUGUCAACAAGCCAGAACUGGUCGACUGGACAGACACCUCAGCCCCCGACCCUCGACUACUCGUCCACAUCAAAUCCUACCGCAACGUUGUCCCAGUUCCCACACAUUGGUCGCUGAAGCGCGAAUACCUCUCCUCGAAGCGUGGUGUUGAGAAGCCACCGUUCGCCCUCCCCAAAUUCAUCCAAGAGACGGGCAUUGCCGAGAUGCGCGACGCCGUUCUCGAGAAGGCAGCCGACGCCUCUCUCAAGUCGAAGCAGCGCGAGCGCGUCCAGCCGAAAAUGGGCAAGCUCGACAUCGACUAUCAAAAACUAUACGAGGCGUUCUUCCGCCACCAGACGAAGCCGGAACUGACACGGUACGGCGAGGUAUACUACGAGGGCAAAGAGUACGAGACGAACCUCAGGCAUCUGCGCCCUGGAGAGUUAUCGGAGGAGCUGAAAGAGGCACUCAAUAUUCCACCAGGUGCACCACCGCCAUGGCUCAUCAACCAACAGCGUUUCGGUCCUCCACCAUCCUACCCGUCCCUAAAAAUUCCCGGCCUGAACGCACCUCCUCCACCAGGUGGAGCCUGGGGCUUCCAUCCCGGUGGAUACGGCAAGCCUCCCGUCGACGAGUUCAACCGCCCUCUAUACGGCGGCGACAUCUUCGGCGUGCUCCAACCGCAAGUCAACAACCAAGCCGGUGAACCCAUCGAGCGCACACUCUGGGGCGAACUGCAAGCACCAGAAGAAGAGGAGGAAGAGGAAGAGUCCGAGGAAGAAGAAGAGGAGGGGGAGGAAGAAGACACCACCGGCCUCGAAACCCCCGGCGGCAUGGCCUCCGCCGUCCCCUCCGAGUACCCCAGCGAGAUCGACGCAGGCGGCGCCUUCGACCUACGCAAAUCCCGCAAGGGCACCGAGACCGAGGAGUACACCGGCCCGCGCACCGCAUACACCGUCAUCCCCGAGCGCGCCAUCCGCGCCGAGGGAUUCUUCGGCGGCGAGCGUGCCUACGACGUCUCCUCGAUCAAUCGCCCACCACCUAACGUCCCCGUGCUCGGCGAGGAGGACCAGCGCAAGCGCAAGAAGCCGGGAGAUGUGGAGAUGGCUAUUGAUCCUGAGGCGCUGGAGGCGGGGCCGGAGGAGCUGCGCAGGAGAUAUGAGAGCGCGAGGCGCGAGCAGGAUGUCGCGGGUGUGCAGGGGAGUGGGAAGUGGGGGACUGAGGAGGAUUUGAGCGAGAUGAUUGAGAAGGAGAGUCGGAAGAGGCAGAAGAGGGAUGAAGAGAGGAGGAGCGCGAGGUAAUGGGGUGGGGUGUUGGGAUAGUGUACCAUUAUGGUUGGAGAUAAUUAAUUGCAUCAAUGGGGCGUGGAUCGUCCGCCGAAUCCCGCAGUUUAUGUCUACUCUGUGCGAAUUUACAACGCUGCCGUAGGGAUGUCCUGAUGGGUCACUAGUCUAAACAGGAUAUAGAAAGCCACUUCAAAGGGUCCAUCCCACUCGCGUCACCAUAACUACGUAAAACCGACGCCAUCACCACCCCUCACCCCCAACAUCACGCCACCUCCCAAUCCCCCUAAACCCCCCAAAAUCCCCUCAAAGAACCAACACCACCGCCAACAUCCAAAACCACAGUCAAUCCUCUCACACAAUGUCCACCCCCCUCCACCCCCACGCAGUCUGGAACCCCGCCUUCCGCCCCAACACCACCACCUCCCUCCCCCUCGCCAUCCCGACCACCACCACAACCACAACCACCAGCCCAUCCCACCCAUCCAACACACACCUCCACAACGUAACCUCCUUCGCCGCCGCGGCCGCGGUCGCCGCAGACGCGGACCUGAAAUCGGUUCCGCUGGGGGAUUCUAGGGAUCUGGAGGCGGGGAUGGGGGGGGUGGUGAGGAAGAGAGGGGUUAGGGCCAGGGUGGAGGGG